AUGGCCGCAGAGACCACUGCCUUCGACGUCGUCAUCGUGGGCGGCGGGACAGCCGGGCUCGUGGUAGCCUCGCGGCUUUCCGAAGACCCCUCUCUCCAGGUCCUCGUCCUCGAGGCCGGGCUGGACCUACCACAGAUGCCAGAGCAGUUGAUGCAAGCCGUCUUGACUCCAGCCGCGAAUACCCAACUGUACAAAACACCCGUUGAUUGGGACCUCAGAACUAUCGCUCAGAGUAGCACGCUGAUACUCGAUGAUGAAAAGGCAAAUCUAGGAGGCCGAGAGUUGAGCUUUCCCCAGGGCAAGAUGCUGGGCGGCUCCAGCGGCCUGAACGGGCUCUCCUUUACCGCCAGUGCCAAAACCGUCGUCGAUGGUUGGGCGGAGUUGGGCAACCACGGCUGGGAGUGGCCCGCCUUCUCGCAGUCCUUGGCCAAAACUUACACCGUGGCCAUGGGCCCAUCCCUCGUGACAAAGCCGAGUAACAACCAGGGCCCCUUACAGGUAGCUUAUGCCGAUGACUGCAUGGGUAACUGGCCCAAGAUCUGGGCAGAUACCAUCGAGUCGCUUGGGUUCCCGGGCGCCCAGGAUACGCUGACCGGCCAGGCCGCCGGCGGGUUGAUGGUCCCAGAUACCGUCGACCCGGCUCUGGGCAUCAGAAGCUAUGCGGCCAACGCCUACCUGAAUCCAGAGGUCCGCGGCCGCGCCAAUUUGACGUUGCGUACGGGUGUCGAGGUCAAGAAGGUGCUCCUCAAGAAACCCGAAGGCGUCGAAAUCACGGAUCCUACGACCGGCGCAACCACGACAGUCAUCGCGCACCGCGAGGUCAUCAUAGCGGCUGGAGCCUUUGGCUCCCCCAAGCUUCUCGAGCUCUGCGGCAUCGGCGACGCGGGACGGCUCUGCGUGGAUCAUGUCGUUGUUGACGCUCCGGGUGUCGGCGUGAACCUCCAAAAUCAUCCCCUCAUCACGUUGUCAUUCGAGGUGGCCAGCGACUCGCCGCCCACCAAGGACGCCUUCGUGCGCGCCGCCCUGCGGCAGGACGGGGAAGUCCUGGGUGGGCCAAUGAAGGAGUACAUGGAGCAUCGCACGGGCCCGUUUGCAAGCAGCGGCAUGACGUCGGCCGCGCAACUACCGCUACCCGGCCUAGAUACGCCCGAGGGAAGACAGGAACUCGAGGGCCUUUUCAGCACGACCGGGCCGAGUCCCAGCGGAGUCUUCGCCCUGACGCACGAAAGGUUCGUCCGGGCCAUCCUCUCGUCACGGUCUGAGGCAUCAGGGUACUACACCUUCGGGUCAGCGUACGCCGCAUUCAACCCGGACGGAACGAGCGCGCUACCGCCCAUGGAUGCCUCCGAGGAUAGCUACAUCACAGUCGUUCUCAUGCUCGCGCAUCCGCUCUCGCGGGGCUCUGUGCAUGUCGUCGGCGCCGCGGCCGAGCAGACGCUGGCCAUCGACCUGGGCUACUUUAGCCACCCGCUCGACCUCGAGGUCAUGGCUCGCCACCUCCAGUUCAUCGAGCAGGGCCUGACGGUCGCGGAACCCUUGGCGAAGUGGUUGAAGCCAAACGGCAAAAGGACGGUUGGGGCUCCCGAGGCUGGGGCUUUCAAGGAUCUCGAGGUAGCCAAGAAAUAA